AAUGUCGGGCCGCGACCGCCGCGGCCGCCGCGGCCGCCGCGGGCGGGCGACGGAGCCCGAGCCGAGCCAGUCAGUGCCUUACCAGCCGUUUCGAGUGCUUGACGUCCGUUACGGCUCGCGGCGCGCUCCGUGAUGACUGCCGCGCGCCUGUAAGCUCGAUACACGCUCGCGACGGGACGCGUGUGGGACCACUGGCUCAGUCCAUGUGACAGCGCGGACACCUCGACCACAGCACGCGGGUGACUGGAGCGGCCGCCGCGCCACCAGCCGACAUGGGGUGUGCCAGGGGUGUUUGCACCUCCGAGAAGAUAUUCAUCUUUAUCAACAUCGCCUUCGCGAUGUACAGCGGCGCGUUGCUGGCGACGGCGGCGCGGCUGGCCUGGGACCCCAGCACUUACACGUGGUUCCGGUUCCUGUGCGCGGCGCAGUACCGCGCCUCGGCCGCUUACGUGCUCGCCGCCGGGCUCUGGCUCGCCGCGCUCGUAUACCUGGCCGCCGCCACCGCCGCCACCGCCGCGCACCGCUCGCGCCGCGUCGCCCCCGCGUUGCAUCUCUACGCGUGCGGCGUGGUGUGCCUGGCGCUGAGCGAGGUGGGGUACGGCGCGUGGAUGGCGGUGUCGCUGGCGGCGUGGUGGCGGACGGCGCCGCAGGCCGAGCUGGCCCGCCGCGGCAUCGACCUGCUGCACGACAUCAAGCCCGCGCUGCUCGCCGUCGAGCGGUACCGCGACGUCGCCAGGCCCGUCUACGAUAUGAUAGAGGAGGUGGAGCGAGAGGCACCCAACAAUGUGUUCGUAAUCAUUGUGUUCGGUGUUCUCGGCAUGAUACUUCAGGUAGCGGCAGUGGUGAUGGCAUGUCGGCUGGCGCGGCGCGCGCAGCAGCCGGAGCGCAGCCCGCUGGCGGCCGAGGCCAAGCUCGGCGCGUCCGGCGCCGCCGCCGCCGCCGCCGCCGCCGCCGCCGACGACGACAGCGACAGCGCCGACUCGGCGCGCGACCCGCCGCCCGGCUGGCGCAAGAAGGCUAACCUGCGGAUGUACACCAUACUCGACAAGAUUUUCUAGCAGGACGAACGAGCCGUGGCGGAGCUCCAGUCGCCUCGGAGCCGCGCCGGCGGCGGGGCGCCGAGGACGCGGGCGGCGCGGCGCCGCGGGCGAGGCGCGCCGGCGCGGCGGCGGCCGUCGCGGCCCGCGUGCAGGGACGGCCGGGACGGCCGGGACGCGCGGGACGUGCACUGGGACGCGGUGCAGGCGCAGUUCCGCGCCACGCGCGGGCUGCGGCCGCCGCCGCCGACCGCGCCCGCCGCCGCGCUGCUCAUCCUGCACACCGACCUCUAGCACCGGCGUCUAUCCUCCGUGCGAUUCCUAUUUUAUGACAUAGAUUUGAAAACUUGUCGAUCGGGUCGCUUCGAAAGCGAUGUGCCUGGACCCUGCCGAGAAAUCAUAUCGCCGAGUGAAAACUGGGCGAGUUCGCACCAUGCUCGACACGACCGAGACAAAUAUUUUUUCUGAGCGACGAGUGACCGAUAUUGGCCGGCGACGACGGACGUUUUGUUAUUUAGAUAACCAUUUUCAUUGUUGUGUCGUCGUCCGGGCUCCGCGUCCGACACACCGUUUGACACUGCCAAUCGAUCAUAACUAAUACAAUUGACCUAUAUGUCUAUAUUUACUAGUUUUAAGUUAGAAUAUAUAUAAAACUAUAUCUAUGAAUUGUUAGGUGCGUAACGUAACGAUAAUUAAAUAUUGGGUUAUGUUGGUGGAAUGAGACGCCACACGCUAACCCAGGAGACUCUUCUCGAUGUACCUCGGUAGGUGCAUUUAUAUUAUAUAUUUAGAUAUUAUAAUGUAACAGACUGCCAUGUUGUUUAUAGUUGACACGAAUGACGUAGGCACUGCGUCGCCUGCUAGGCGCCCGUGUCGUCAUAUCACCAGUGUUACGGAGCUGUAAUCGUUUGCGUAGUGUUCAUAGACUACCUUACAGUAUAUAAUAUUUGUGAUAGGGUAUGUUUAACUAUACGUGCGUCGCCGCCCGCCGCCGGCCGCCGGCCGCCGGCCGCACGAGCCGACGCCGGGCGGGGACCUAACGUUCCUAGAGCCUCGCCUUCUAGCGUAGUAAGUAAACUUUGUUGUGACUUCGUACCGAGAGACGUGUGGUGCUAUCCGAUGUUCCCUCGCUGCUCGUUCGUUGCCGUGACUAGUGAACGUUGCUCGCGUCGUACGUAGGUCAUGGGUACAUGCGAUGCGACGCGAUGCCAUUCCAUUUUGCUGUGAUUUGUUUUUAUGUCAUUUUCAAAUGUAACUCAAACGAACGAGAAGUCGUGAAGCGGGCUCGACUAGUAGCCACGCCGGCCACCAGCUCGAGCCGCGCCUUACGUUCGUCUGCCAUAUUUGUAUGUAAGAAUAUCGUUGACUUCCAGCAAUGGUUGUUUUGUACUUGGUGCCAAAUAGUUAAGUUUGUUAAGGGUAGGGCUCACCUCGAAUAAUAUUAUUUGGUGGACAUGUGGACCCACUAGACUAGAGAUGUGAAUUAAAUUGAAAAUUAUAUAAUUUGUACAAAAAUUUGAUUAUCAUAAGUAGCUUUUACGUUGACCACAAUAAACAGUUAACCUAUUUUGUAAUUGCGAAUAAAAGUGUAAUAUUUUUUUUUUGUCGGUUUCCAUCUCUAAUAGUCGGUGCAUAAACGCGUUAGAAACAUUGACAAUAUACGUACGAAACGAAUCAGAGGGGAGCUGCCUGUUCAGUCCGCCAGUAGACAAUAAGUCCGCGGGGCGCUGCGCCCGCGCCGCCCGCAUUCCAUGUUAUUAUACCACUACGAUACAUUUUAUUUGUAGCCAAUAAGAUUAUUAAAGCAAUAAAGUGAUAUUUUUGUAUGAAA